AUUUCUGUUUUCAACUUUCAAUACAGCCAUCCGUCUUCACAUCAACUGCUUCUUAUUAAUUUCUUCCAGGAGACUAACAGAAUCUUGAUCUCAAAUGAGUAAACACAGCGGCCUUGCUACAGCCGUUGCGGUUUCCAACAGAGACAAAAUUUCAACAAACGAAGAGUUGUUUGCUGAAUACAAACGCCCGCUUGAAGAGAUUGUCAAGGCCACUAACAACUUUUCUGAAGAAAAUCUCAUCCGCGAAGGGGGAUUUGGCAAGAUUUAUAAAGGAAACUUAGUCCUGAAUGAAAAAACAACUGAAAUCGUUGCAAGGAGGUUGCACUAUGACUAUGGCCAAGACGACUUUCAGUUUUGGAACGAGAUUUCUAUGCUUGUAAGUCUCAAGCAUGACUCUCUAGUUACUUUUAUUGGGUUUUGUGACGAAGAAGGCGAGAAAAUUAUCAUAAACGCGCACGAGGUCAACGAAAGUCUUGACAAACAUCUAAGUAACCUGGACCUCACAUGGUUGCAAAGAUUGAAGAUAUGCGUUGAUGUGGCACGUGCGUUAAGUUACAUCCAUUGUGAUGAUGGACGUGAAUCUAGUGUGAUCCAUCGUAAUAUCAAAAGUUCAAAAAUUUUGUUGGAUGAAAAGUGGAAACCUAAGUUAUCUGGUUUUGAACUUUCCAAAACAACUACAAAAGCUCGAAAGCAUCGUCUUUCCCUUGCUGAAAGAAGUGGCACGAUAGGGUAUGUUGAUCCAACAUAUGAAAAGACUGGAUUUGUAAGCCAUAAGUCAGAUGUUUACUCCUUUGGAGUUGUGUUAUUUGAAGUCCUAUGCGGGAGGAGAGCAUUUGUUCCAGAUGACAAAGAGCCACAUUCACCUCAAUCCACUGAAAAAGACCACGAAGGCGGAAAGUUGGAUGCCAUGGUAAAAGUAGAUGAGACCGCCAAGAGAGAACAAGAUUCACCUCAAUUGAACGAACAAGACAACAAAGGUGGAAAGUUGGAUGUUGUGGAGAAACAAGAUACAGAGAAAAGCUAAAAGUAACGAAAGGUUAUGGGGUAAAGUUGUCAAUAGAUGGUAUUAAGAGUUGUUUGAAGUUAUUCAAAAUAAGGGUAUCAUUGGUCAACUGAUUGAUCCAGGUUUACCGCUAAGAGUUAGAAUGUUUGUUAUUGUUCUUUACAUGUUUAAUGUUGUGUAUUAAUUAGUUUGUUUUGUUUAAUGUCAUGAAUUUAUUCGAGUUGUCGAGUUUAGGUCU